AAUAAAAAAAAUAUAUCAGAAUGUGCAAAGUUGACGAACCUCGAAUCGCUGGAUCCUUGUAUGAUAGAUCCAAGCAAACCACAACCAACUAUUGUGAUCAUAGGAGCUGGCAUGGCUGGAUUAUCGGCAGCACAUCGAUUGGUUCAAUGUGGCCUCCGUAAUCUUACAGUUCUAGAAGCCACAGAUAGACCGGGUGGACGGAUCCACUCUUGCUGGUUGGGCGAUGUGGUGACGGAAAUGGGUGCUUCAUGGAUUGAAGGUGGUAGCUUCAGGACAGAUUCAAGUCGUGGACUUUUCUGUACCAGUGAUGGUAGAGCCAUUGAUUUCCCAAUCAGCAUCGCGGCGUAUCAUGCCUUCCGGCAAAUCGAGCAACAGGCGGCGGCUCUCUUUUCUCUUGGCUGUGGUCGUGCUCACGGUACGUUGCUGAAUUUUAUGGGUGUCAGAAUUCAACAGGAGCUCCACAAUUUCCCGGAGGAGCAACGAUAUGAUGCCGCUAGGGUGAUGUACGGUAUGAUAAAUUGCAUGAAAUGUCGAUGCGGAGAUGACCUUUCGCUUGUCUCAGCUGACCAAUUCGGCAGCUACAUCGAGAUUCCUGGUGGAAAUAUCAGAGUACCCUUGGGAUAUGUUGGGGUGCUAGCCCCCUUGCUUCGAGAUCUACCUAAUGGUUGCGUCAGGUAUUGUAAACCAGUUAAUUGCAUUCGGUGGGGUACAGUGAAUGACGCGUGUCCACGAGCUAUCGUGAAGUGCAACGACGGCGAAGAGAUUCCUACUGAUUAUGUGAUUGUAACCAUUUCACUUGGUGUCCUAAAAAAUCAGCACACGAAAUUGUUCUUACCAGAAUUACCUGCUGAAAAAGUGGAGGCAAUCAGAAAACUCGGGUAUGGACACGUUAAUAAAAUCUUCUUGGAAUACGCGAGACCAUUCUGGGUUUGGCGAGAGGGUGCCAUCAAGUUGGCUUGGUCCGCUGAAGAACUAGCAGAUAGAUACGAUUGGGUGAAAGGUGUGGCAAGUGUGGAGGAGUUGCCCAAUUCUCAACAUGUGUUGUGCGCUUGUAUAUGUGGGCGCGAAGCGAUGGACGUGGAACUAUGUUCUGAUGAAGAGGUGGUAGAGUCGAUGACGACGGUUCUACGCCGGUUUACUGGCGACCCGACGUUACCUUACCCAGCCAACAUCCUCAGGAGCAAGUGGUGCAUGGACCAAUACUUUGCUGGAGCCUACAGUUACAUGGCGAUGGACAGCACCGUUGGUCAUCAAUGUGAUCUGGCUAGUCCAUUACCAGACUCUCGCGAAGCGAUACCUCCCAUACUUUUAUUCGCGGGCGAAGCUACCGUACCUGGGCAUUACAGCACAGUGCAUGGUGCAAGGCUCAGCGGUAUUCGUGAGGCGGAAAGAAUAAUUCAGUUAACAAAACGAUAUGAAGGUCCUCCCAAAAAAGUGCUCGUUAAAUCGUGA